AUGGUAAAUCCCUGCUCUUUGAAAAAACAGAUGAAGUGGGAUCUGCUAAGCCUUUGAUUGAGGUUUAUAUAGCGGGGCUCUGGUCCUGCAAAGCAACACAAACAUUUCCGUAGGUGACUGGCUCCAACACCGUUUGCAGGAUGAGUAGUAAGAUCACAUUCUACGAGGACAGGAACUUCCAGGGCCGCUCACAUGAGUGUGACACCGACUGUCCCGAUAUGCACCCCCACUUCAGCCGCUGCAACUCCAUCAAGGUGGAGAGUGGCUGCUGGGUGCUGUAUGAGAAGCCCAACUACACCGGUUACCAGUAUGUCCUGACCAGAGGGGAGUACCCAGACUACCAGCGCUGGAUGGGCUACAACGACACCAUCCGCUCCUGCAGAACCUUCAAUUAUACCAGCGAGGGGCCCUACCGCAUGCGCAUCUACGAGCGCCCCAACUUCCAGGGCCAGAUGAUGGAGUUCAGCGAGGACUGCGAGUCUGUGCAGGACCACUUCCGCAGCCGUGACAUCUACUCAUGCAACGUCAUGGACGGCUACUGGACCCUGUACGAGCACCCCAACUACCGCGGUCGCCAGUACUUCAUGAGGCCCGGCGAGUACCGCAAGUUCAGCGACUGGGGGGCCACCUGCGCCACCACUGGCUCCUUCCGCAAAAUCACAGAGUUUUAACUCCUUUAUUUACAUUUCAGCUUCCUCAUGUGAAGAAUGCUGCUAAUGUUGACAACAUAAUGUGUCUGUAAUUGACCCAACAUAUCAGUAACACAUUGUUAUAAUUCACUUAAUAAAUGGAGCUACUGUAUACUA